UCCUGUUUCUUGCCUGAAAGUUCGACACUUAAACUACCCCCAACCUCUGGCGUAGACUUUGCCAUCAAAACUACGAGACCUAGAAGUACAACACGACAGAGAAUAUCACCUUUGCCCACGCCUGCCUAGGAGUGCUAUAUACAACCUCCCCCCUCCCCACCCCCAGCGUUACUCAAACACAGCACCUUGCAUUCAGCGGUCGUUAUAAUUUUUUUCCAAUGCCACCUGCCGUGCGAUUUACCAAGUGUUUUCUAUUUUCCUCCUUUUGUGGGGCGUAGUAUUUUUUCCAUUAAGCCUAAUCGGAUCUCCUCUGUUUUUUUUUUUCUUUUUUGAAUUUUAAAAUUAUUGCAAAUCUGUAGUAUUUUUUUCUUAUUUCCAGGGCAUAUAAUUGCAAAAUACGGACCUGUCUGUGUGACUAAAACUUUACAUCGUCAGUGUGAUUUUUUUUUUCGGUGUAGCUACGAUGGCUACGUUACCAGGAACUGUUCCUCGAAUGAUGCGGCCGACGCCAGGGCAGAAUUAUCCUCGGACAGGAUUUCCACUGGAAGUGUCAACCCCACUGGGCCAGGGCCGCGUGAACCAGCUCGGCGGAGUGUUUAUCAAUGGGAGGCCGCUGCCGAAUCACAUUCGACACAAGAUAGUGGAGAUGGCCCAUCACGGCAUCCGACCCUGCGUGAUCUCGCGACAGCUGCGAGUUUCCCACGGCUGCGUGUCCAAAAUCCUCUGCCGGUACCAGGAGACCGGGUCGAUCCGCCCUGGGGCUAUAGGUGGAAGCAAACCCAGGCAGGUGGCAACGCCUGACGUUGAGAAACGGAUAGAGGAAUACAAACGGGAGAACCCAGGCAUGUUCAGCUGGGAGAUCCGCGACAAGCUUCUGAAGGACGGGCUGUGUGACAGAAGCACGGUGCCUUCAGGUGAGGCCUCUUCUGUGAGCUCAAUCAGCCGAGUUCUCAGAGCCCGGUUCGGCAAGAAAGACGACGAUGACGACUGCGAUAAAAAGGACGAAGACGGAGAGAGGAAAACUAAGCACAGUAUUGACGGAAUUCUCGGAGAUAAAGGCAGCCGCUCGGACGAGGGCUCUGAGGUGGAGUCCGAGCCCGACCUGCCCCUGAAGAGGAAGCAGCGCCGGAGCCGCACCACCUUCACAGCGGAGCAGCUGGAGGAGCUGGAGAAGGCCUUCGAGCGCACGCACUACCCCGACAUCUACACCCGCGAGGAGCUGGCCCAGAGGACCAAGCUGACAGAGGCCCGUGUGCAGGUGUGGUUCAGCAACCGGCGAGCCAGGUGGCGCAAGCAGGCAGGAGCCAAUCAGCUAGCAGCUUUUAACCACCUGCUACCAGGGGGCUUUCCGCCCACCGGCAUGCCCACUCUGCCAACGUACCAGCUGCCCGAGUCAUCAUACCCAUCCACCGCUCUGUCUCAGGAUGGGAGCAGCACAUUACACCGGCCCCAGCCCCUUCCCCCCUCCACCAUGCACCAGAGUGGGCUCUCGGCAGACAGUGGCUCCGCCUAUGGUCUUUCAUCCAAUCGGCACAGCUUCUCCAGCUACUCAGAUACUUUCAUGAGCCCCUCAGCAUCUACCAACCACAUGAACCCAGUCAGCAAUGGACUCUCCCCACAGGUGAUGAGCAUUCUGGGUAACCCCAGUGGCGUGCCCCCCCAGCCCCAGCACGACUUCUCCAUCUCGCCCCUGCACGGCAGCCUGGAGGCUUCCAGCCCCAUCUCGGCCAGCUGCAGUCAGCGCUCGGACUCCAUCAAGAAUGUGGAGACCUUGGCGUCCUCCCAGGCCUACUGUCCCCCCACCUACAGCGCCACCAGUUACAGCGUGGAUCCCGUCACUGCUGGAUACCAGUACAGCCAGUAUGGUCAGACAGCCGUGGACUACCUGGCCAAGAAUGUGAGCUUGUCCACACAGCGGAGGAUGAAACUGGCCGACCAUUCAGCUGUCCUGGGACUGCUGCAGGUGGAGACUGGGCAGGCCUACUGAUUUAUGUCUCCCCCAAGCCAGCAACCUCUCCUGUGGCCCCAGGACACACCCCCUAGCAGUGGUAGACCGACUUUGGGAAAUGUGUGUUUCUCUAUGAGAGUGUGUGUGUGUGUGUGUGUGUGUGUGUGAACUUGUUUAAGCAUUGGUCAGUGCAAAAAAAAAAAGAUCCGUCCAGUUUUCUGUCCAGUUGCUGGAGGGGUGGAGCCUGAAAGCCACACCCCUUCCCCUCCUGACCCCUCCCACUAUCGAUGAUUAGUCCCAACCCCUGUGACUUUCUCAGCCGGCGCGCCAAGAACCUCUGGUUAGGGCCCUUAUGAUAAUAAUUCCUGUUGUUUUUCAUUAUCGUCGCCACUGUUUUGGUUGUAAUUUUUGCUGAUUCGUUUGGUUUUGUACGUUGCUUUUUUUCUUUACUUGUCCUUGUUGUAAAGUGCUGGUGGUUCACAGGAGUCGGGGGAGUAGGGACGCCACGGCCCGUGUCACUGUCUCUCAGCCAUUUUGGACAUGAGCGACUCGACUUUCCCGCACAGUCCAAAUUGUCACAUUCCACGGAAGGACUUAUGAAUGGGUUCGGCAGCUUGUGUGCCCCCAAGAACCGCCCCUCCCCACAUGUGUUUGUAAUGUGAAUCUUAACCCCCAGCAGCUCUUCGUUUGACGUAGUUGAUAGAGCACAAAAGAUGGACCAGAGCACUUCGAUUGACGGUCGCCGUGGGAACGAGGAAGUGUCUACGAACCACAGAGCGGCACAGCAGGCCCUCGAGGAGCGCCAUCCAGUGCCGUGGUCUAACUGCAAGCACUGCGAGGACCGCCUGGAACAUGAAAGACUUCCAGUUUUAAAUAACUGUUCUUAAAACAGCAUGUUGGAUGAUUUUCCUUCCUUACCACCAUUUCUCGAAGACCGAUUCUUACACUGGAUUCUGACUUCAUAUGCAUUCCAGAAUGUUCCUCCAGCAUCCAGCAGUGGCGGUUUUCCCCUUUGAGUUUAAUGUGAUCCCGGACAUCACCGCUGGCCGCCACAGACUGGUUGCAGUCCGGAUUGGGUAUAACCCUCUGCUUCGAGAACGUUCGGGACCCAUCAAAUCCGCAUUAUGCUUUCCAGUUGGCGUAAAAAUAAACUGUUAUAAAAUUUUUUAAAAGGAAAGUAAAUAAAGCACAUUGGUGUAGCACUCGUUGUUGUAUUGGACAUAAUCUAUUUAGGCUUGUAAAUGGACCUGUACAAUAGACCCGACAGAUUGUGCAUCGUUUGUUUAUAAAGAGUAUGUUUUAUACUAAAACAUGUCCUGUGGUAGACUGAGUGAGGAAAUGGGAGUGUGACUGUGUGCCUUUUCUUUUUGAAUUUCCUAAUUGUUUUUCUUUGUUUUCUAUAUUUGAUUUUCAGUACGAUAGGUUGAUGUUGUUUUUAACAAGAUCAUAAAGUAACGAAUACUCCAUGCCGGGAAAAAAAGGAUUUAAGCAAAUGUCAAAAUGAGUCUAAUUGCAGUCAUUCAGUUGUCUCACCAGAAGUGCAGCAGCCGUCGUGUUGAGACCUGGCUCUUACAGUGUCGCAUUUACAGGUGCAGCAGCCUCCAGCAUGGGGCCUGGAUCUGAGUGUCACAUUUACGGCUGCAGCAGCCUCUGUGUUGGGAACUGGCUCUC